CGCAGGCACCCGAAGGAGAGCGCACGGCUGUUCCCACACGUGGGGAACUUUUAGCGAACACGUGAGGGAAGGACAGCAGUGUCUGUGGAAAAUCUGCCUCCCAACUCUGGCGUCCUACCCAGCCCCCUAACUAACAGCUGGUUUGCUGUGUCCCCGGGGCCCAGCUGCGGGUCACACGCUUGCAGUGAACCUCGCUGAGCGGCCCCGCCCUCGGCGUCCAGAGCGCGAAGCCCCCGCAGCAGGCGGCCUUGCAACCAGUCUGCGCCUGCGCCUGCGCCCGGAGCGCCAAGCCGGGGGCGGGGCCCGGGGGAAAGGGGCGUGCCUCUCGCCGCGCGCUGGGGGCGGAGCCGUGGGCCCCUGUGGUCCUGUGACCUGCGGGUUGACCUUCCCGAACGCUGGGUCCCGUGACGUCACCGCGCCGUGACGCGCACGCUGUAGGAAAACUGAUUAAUUAAAAAGAUUUACCACAUAUCUUAUGACUUUUUAUUGGAGCCUUGAGAGAAAGCCCAAAUUGGAGAUUCCUGUUGGCACUGGGUUGGUGGGAGCAACCUUUUGUUGAAAUAGGUGAUCAGUCAUGCCUUCUGGAACAAUACAGAGUGGAAAAGGAUUGCAGACCAAGAGUCAGUUUAGGACCAUUGCACCGAAGAUUGUGUCCAAAGUCCUAACUUCCAGAGUGCUGCCGGGCCCUUCGCCAUCAUUCUCUGAUCAGGUGAACCCAGGCCCCCCCAUCAGCUCUCCUCUGGGGCUGCCUGCCCAGAAUUACGCUCUGAUGCAGGUUGCUGGCCAGAAGGGCACAUAUUCUCUAGUGGCGUUGCCUCAGGUUGCCUCAGUUCAGCCAGUCCAAAAACCUAGACUGCCCCUGCCUGAAAACCUUAAACUGCCUAUUCCCCGAUACCAACCCCCAAGAAAUAAAGGAUCAACAAAGAACCCCAUUCUGAGCUGCUCUGAAAGUGGCUGUCGCAAAUCUUAUGCCCAAACCCACACAUCUCCCUCCCUGCCUGGCUGUUCUGAGCCCCUGCCCCAGCCCAGUCCCACUGGGCCAGUGCUGCCACCAGACCAGGCCCCGGCCAGCAUCAGCCCGGCUGCUCUGACCAGCAGAGGUGGCCCCGGAGACUCCCGACCUCCAGUGACCAGUGACUGUGGCGACGCGAACCUUCCUGACAUUCCAACAUCAUCCGCACCCGAGGAGCCCUCUGCCAGGCAGGGCUUCAUGAAGAUUUCAGGGAAAGACAACUUUGCAAGCAAAGAAACAUCCAGUAAACCUGCUGCUGUUGCCAGCGAAAAGCAUAAAGAACAAGCUGACCUUGCAGAAGGCAGGGUCAAGUUAUCACCAACCAUUUGGGGUGGUUCCCUCCAGUGGGUUCCCUCAGUCCCCAAAGGUAAACUGCCAGUCUUAUGUCCCGUAAGUAUGAAAACUACACAGGUUUAUAAAAGUGAGCCGGAUGCUAACACUGUAGACUUUUCUUUCCCUGGGCACAGGGGACACUGGGAUAAGUCAGCCACCAUCACGGAAGGCUUUGCUGCAGCCACCAGGACGGCCGAUAAGGUGCCUGGGCCACAGGUGUCGAAGCAGAGCCUCUGUAAAAGUGCCUUCUGUCCAGCCGCCAAACUGGAUCUCAACCACAGAACCAAGCUGAGUGGCGGGGCAACAAAGAGAAAAGGAAGAAAACUAAAGGUGCCAGACGAAAUCUUGUCAUUUCAGGGAAAAAGGAGGAAAUAUAAAAGAAUAAAAAAUGAUUCCCAACAAUCCAGAGACCAAAAACCUGGGACUUUGAAAAAGUAUCGUAGCAUCAUGCCUAAACCCGUCCUUGUCAUGCCCGCUGGGACUCCCUUGGCUUCUCCGGUGGCUCUGUCACCUCCCCAAAGGCCCGGCACCCUGGGACAGGACAGUUUGUUAAAUAAUUCGUUCGCUCCUAAACAUCUCGGCUGUAAGCAGGACGACAGCCCUCCCCCCAAGCCCAGCUCUGCAUUCAGAAAUGGAUUCUCUGGCAUUAAGAAGCCUUGGCACAGAUGCCCUGUCUGUAACCACCACUUCCAGUUCAAACAGCACCUUCGAGACCACAUGAAUAGCCACACGAACAGACGGCCUUACAGCUGUCGAAUUUGUCGCAAGGCGUAUGUGCGUCCUGGCAGCCUGAGCGCACACAUGAAACUCCAUCACGGUGAGAACCGGCUAAAGAAACUCGUGUGCUGUGAAUUUUGUGCCAAAGUGUUUGGUCACGUCAGGAUCUAUUUCGGCCACCUGAGAGAAGUGCACAGGGUUGUCAUCAGCACCGAGCCCUCCCCCAGCGAACUGCAGCCGGGAGACGUGCCAAAGCACAGGGACAGGGACGCCAGCGUGCAGAGAGAAAACAAAUCAAGCCUGGACGAAGACCUUCUUCUAAACCAGGCAGACGAAGUCAAAUUACAAAUCAAAUGUGGCCGCUGCCAGAUCACUGCCCAGUCCUUUGCUGAAAUAAAGUUUCAUUUACUUUCUGUUCAUGGAGAGGAAAUCCAGGGCAGGUUGCAAGAGGAGAGCGCCCCGGGGAGCCAGGCAGCUGGCGAAGAGCAGGCUCCCCGCGCUGCUCCUUCCUGGAAACAGCGUCCCCAGAGAAGACAGCUGCUGCAGCUCUGUCCCUCUGCGGAGGUGCGUGCAGGGCCUGCAGUAACACAGCAGCCCUCCCUGCGUCGGCAGAAUGACAAGGAAAUGCUCACAAACCAUGCAGGAGCCCAGCUGAGACCCGGCAAGCCAGGAGAAGUCCCCCAGGGCCCUGCGUGUCCCAGCCCACACUCGGGUCUCCUUCAGUCCCCUUCCGGCUUUAACUGCAUCCUUUGUGCACAGACUCUUGGAAGGAAAGAAGAGCUCCUCCUGCACUGGGAACAAGAGCACCGCUGUGAGGACCCUCCCAGGCUCUGGAGGGUUCUGCAUGCUCUCCCUAACCAGGGAGCCACCGAACCUCCCAGCAAAACUGGAACAUGAAGGACUGGGGCCAGAGAGGUUAGACAGAGUUUGUAUCACCUUUCUCUCGAAGUUCUCGUUUUAUGGUGGUGCUUACCAGUAAUUAGAAAAAGCAAACAAGUUAGGAUUAACAUUAAUACUAAGUGGGAGUGAUUUUGUACAUAAUUUUAUUUUCUUAUGAAAUAUAUGCCCUUGAUGUAUAUGUUCUAACCAUAUUCAGUUUUAUUUUAAAUUCUAUGCACUAAAUGUUAAUGUCUUAGACUUUGUUUCAAAAUAAAUAAAAAGAUCAAAAUUUGGAGAUUGAAAUUUAAAGGAUUUUAGGCUGUUCUUCAAAUAUAGUUUUCAGUAAAAACAUGUGUUUGUGUGUGUGUUAUGUGUCCUUUUGUCCAAACGUUUUAUAUUUAAGUAGGUCCACAAAUGUGAAAAUUUCCAGGUGACAAAAUUAUUUACACUUCAACUAUAUUGCUAUUUAUCAAAUUAUCUUAUUUAUUUUAAAAUGCUGUAGAGCAAUGCAUUUAAUAAGGUUCUCAUCUUACAAUUUAAAAUUCAUAUCUUCAGGACUCAUAUUUUUUAAGUUCUAUUUUCCUAAAGGCACAUUGCCUUGAAGAUGAAAAGUUGGUAAGUUUUAUAGCUAUAGUGUUUUAUAUCAAAGUAAUCAAAAAAAUUUUAGUACUUCGGCUAAAUCACUAUUUUCAUAAAAGUCAUUUUGUAGGCCAGAAAAUUUACAACCUGGAAAGUGAACUAGAUAGUUCAAUCCAGAUGUCUAGGUGUCUCAGCUGCUUUCCCUCCCUCCUACGUGACUUCAGAGGAUUGUCACUAAAUGAUCAAUUUUAGACACAACUGUGCCAUUCAAGCCCGGGUUCUCUUUAAAAGUCAAGAGUAACUGAUUGCCUCUUAAAUUCCUGGGAAAUUACCUCAAAUUGGAAAAGUUGCCAUUUGAAGUUUCUGGCCAUCCUGGCUGCAAAAUUAUUUUCUUGAAACGGAGGAGUUGAGCCCUCAUCCUACUAAUAUUUCAGCCUUUAGAUGAAAGCACUGUGCCUGUGGCCAGCCGUCUUCGCCUGAAGCUUGGCCCAGGCAUCAGCACAACAUUUUCCCUACAUAAGGAAGAUAUUCAAACAGAGGAAGAACUAAAUUCCAAUUGAUAAGCUAGUGGGUCUUAAAUAAUUUUUUAAUGCCUAAUUUUAAAAGCAAGCAUCCAUAGACACACUUUGGCCCAAAUACUAUGAAAAGGGAAAUUCAAUCCUUGAUGUUUUGCAAAUAGUUUUAUAAAUUUGAGGAUGAGAGGUUAGGAAUGGAAAUCUCUGAAAAAUUUUACUGUGGUUUAUCAACCAAUUAUGCUCUACACAGUUUCAGAGAUAUAAUAUUAGACCUCCACUGUUUGAUAUUUUUAGAACUGUGUUAUUCAUAAAACAGCUUUACCAUUUAGUACAUUACUUAGUUUGUUUGGAGAAGAUUGAUCUUAAAGACACUAAAAAGUGAGAUCUAUCUAGAAUAAUGUUUGAAUUGAAACUGUAAAAUAAUUCAUAGACUACUCAGUCCUCAGAUACUAAGCAAUAUUUUUGGAAAUACCAGUUGGCCAAGGGCUGAGGAAUGGUCUAGAGAAUGUAUGGAGGUGAAGGUAUGGGGGCGAAAGAAAAAUCUGAAGUUGCCAAGGUCAAAGGGACACCUGCCUGGCCAUUUUUUCAUCUAAAUAUUCUUACAGCAAGGCCAGAAAGUGAGGGUAUAGACCACCUUUGGAAAGAAAGAGAGUUAGGAAUGCAACCGAGAACAGAAGUUGGGUGAUGUGAUUGGCUCAUGGUUAAAUGCUCUGGCUGAAUCCCUUUCUCAAUUGGGUACUGAUCUAUGGAGGCAGGAAGCUGGGUGGCUCUUUGUAAGAAAGCUCUUUGUAAGAGAGAAGGAAACCUGCAAUGCAGAGAGGCCUCAAUGCCUGUGUGUAUGGAUUCACUCAGAAUAAAGUGUUUGUUAUAGUUCUCAGCUUCUAAAAGUACUCCCCUGUAUUACAAUGGGAGCAGCCCCCGUGCCAACUACGAUAAGGAGUGUCUGGCUCUUGUUAGUAGCACUGCUUU